AUAACUCUUACCAGAUACACAAAAAUAGAGGGCAAGAAAAAAAUCGGAAAAUGAUGAAACUCUUCUUGGUGGUGGCAUUUUCUGUUGCCUUUCUCUUUACCCUCACCAAAUUUUCCGGCGAGAGACCAAAACAUGGAGAAUCAGUGUUGACUGUUCAUUUGCCUGAAUUCCGUCUGAUUCCGACCACCGGAGCUUCGGGACCGGAGAGUUUCGUAUUUGAUUUCUCCGGCGAAGGUCCUUACACCGGUUUAUCUGACGGUCGAAUUGUUAAGUGGAUAGCUAAUGAGAGCCGUUGGAUCGAUUUCGCCGUCACCACCCCAACAAGAGAAGGUUGUGAGGGCCCGCACGAGCACCAACAAACGGAACACGUGUGCGGACGACCAUUGGGCCUGGCUUUUGAAAAAUCCACUGGUGAUCUUUAUAUAGCUGAUGCUUAUAUGGGCCUUCUUAAAGUUGGCCCAGAAGGUGGUUUAGCCAACCAGAUGUUAACACAUCAGCUGGAUGAGCCCCUUAGGUUUACCAACGGAUUAGACAUAGAUCCACGGACCGGAUUUGUCUACUUUACCGAUAGUAGUUCGGUUUACCAACGGAGGAAUUAUAUAGGGGUGAUGAUGAGUGGGGACAGAACCGGUAGACUAAUGAAGUACGACCCAAACACAAAACAAGUGACCACUCUUUUAAGUAACCUAGCGUUCGCAAACGGCGUCGUUCUGAGCCAAAACGGUGAUUACCUUCUCGUGGCCGAGACUGCCACGUCUCGGAUCCUACGUUACUGGCUCAACGAUACGUCGUCGACUAAAUCUCCCGAAAACUACGAGAUUUUUGCGGAGCGGCUCCCAGGGUUUCCCGACAACAUAAAGAGGAGUCCACGUGGCGGAUUCUGGGUAGGCGUGAAUACGAAACACACAAAGCUGACAAAGUUCGCUAUGUCUAACGCGUGGCUAGGACGCGCCGCUUUGGGCCUACCGGUGGACUGGAUGAAGAUCCAUUCGUAUUGGGCCAAAUACAAAGGGAAUGGCAUGGCCGUGAGGUUGAGCGAGGGUAGUGGCCUAAUAUCGGAAAUCUUUGAGGGUAAAAAUGGACAUAAGUGGAUGUCUAUAAGUGAAUUGGAAGAGAGAGACGGAACUCUAUGGGUUGGAUCGGUGAAUACUCCUUUCGCUGGCAUGUAUGAAAUCUAAAAUUGAUUAAUGCAAAUAUGCUUUUCUAAUCAUUAUAAAUUACAUUAUU